AUGAGUACUAAAAGAAAAUCGGAAGCUUUUCAAGCAGCAUCUAAUCAUUGGGCAAAGAAGCAAAAGACAAAAGAUGCGAUUGAUGAAGUGUCAAAUAAUGAACCGAUAGUGCAAGAGCCAGCUGCAAAAGAGACUAAAAGUUCAUUUCCUUCACCAAUCAAACUACUAUAUAAUCCUAGUUAUCCAGAAAAUCAAUUGCAAAAUGUCAAUCAAGACACAGUCAGAAUACAUGAUUUAAUAGGAUCAAAUUCACUUGAAGAAACCUAUCAAUUUAAUUUCAACGUUGAUCUUCCAUUUUUUUUAACAUUCUUAGAUCAUAGUUUUAUAACAAAGAAAAAGAAAAUAGUGUUCAUAACAGGUGGAAGAUUAUUAGAUCCUGAAUAUGAAGAAACUGAGUCAAUAAAAUCAAAUUAUAAUAUUCAUGAAGUUGUUGCAAGUAUUCCAAAUAGAUUCGGAACUCAUCAUACGAAGAUGAUGAUCAAUUUCUUUGAUGAUUCUACAGUUGAAGUUGUUAUAAUGUCAGCAAACAUAACUAAGUUGGAUUUUGGAGGUUUAACACAAAUGGUUUGGAGAUCCGGGAGAUUAGCUAAGGGUGAAACAAAAGGAUCUAAAAGUAUACGAUUCAAAUCGGAUUUGUUAAGUUAUUUGAGAAAAUACAAAAAGUCUAGAAUAGAUGACCUUGCACAACGUUUAAGUGAAUUCAAUUUUCUGGGUAUUGAAGUUGACUUAGUUGCAUCAGCUCCUGGUACUUAUAAUUUGGAGGAUAAUGAUCAACAUUAUGGAUAUGGUAAUUUACGUGAUGUGCUUAAACUUAAUAACUUACUAUUAGACAAUACUAGUGAAGAAAAACAUUAUAAUAUACUAGCUCAAGUAUCAGCCAUAUCAUACCCCUUUUCUACUGAAAAAUGGUCGACUGCCGGUAUCUUCACUCAUUUAUUAUGUCCAUUAAUAUUUUCAAAAAAUCAUUUUAAGUUAUUACCUCCUGGUAAGGAUAGUAUUAAAUCUCAUCAAACUAAACAUAAUUACACACCAAGUAUAGUUUACCCAACUGUAGAUGAAGUUGCACAAAGUAACGUAGGAUAUCUUGCAGGUCAAGCUAUUCACUUCAAUUAUACUAAAUCAUUUGUUCAUAAAAAUUAUUUCAAUCAAGCAAUAAAACCAUUCAUUAAAAAGUGGAACUCGAGUGGUUCAAGAUUGACAACAGGUCGAGAAAAAGUUGUACCUCACGUAAAAUUAUAUAUGUGUGAUAAUGGUGAUGAUUGGAAAACUUUAAAAUGGUGUUAUAUGGGAAGUCAUAAUCUAUCGAAACAAGCUUGGGGAAGUAGGAAAGGGAAUGCAUUUGUUAAUGAUAGCCCAAACCAGUAUGAAGUUAGUAGUUAUGAAUUAGGUGUUCUAGUUACACCAAGAGAAAACACCUUACUAAAGCCUGUAUAUUUAAAGGAUAGUAAUGAUGAAGAAGAUACUACAUAUGUUCGAAUGCCAUUUGCACUUCCACCCACAAAGUAUUCUUCUAAUGAUUUACCGUGGAGUGUACACGUAGAUUACGGAGAAAAAAAAGAUAUCAAUGGCAGGACCUACAAUCUUGACUAA